UUGCUGUCGAAGCCUCAUAACAUCCAACAGGAGCUGCGGUUGAGAGCUAGCGCUGCAUCUAUUGUCAGGACGUUUUUCACCGCAGACAGACAACGGCAACAUGUCAGAUACGGAGACAAAACCAUCCAGCCAAGACGGGGGGGACAAGAAGGAUGGAGAGUACAUCAAGUUAAAAGUGAUUGGUCAGGACAGCAGUGAAAUCCACUUUAAGGUGAAAAUGACGACACAUCUAAAGAAGCUGAAAGAGUCUUACAGCCAGAGACAGGGCGUCCCAGCGAGCACGCUAAGGUUUCUCUUUGAAGGACAGAGAAUUGCAGACAACCAAACUCCGAAAGAGCUGGGGAUGGAGGACGAGGACGUCAUCGAGGUGUAUCAAGAACAGACUGGCGGACUUUGGAAUGAUUAAGCCUCCUGCAUUUUUAAACCUUUUUUUUUUUUUUUUCCUUUUUUCUUAUUUUGUAUUUUAUUUUGUAUGUAUGUACGUAUUUUUUUCGUUCAGUUUCAAACCAUCUGGAUCAAAACGGACUCAACUAGGGCUUCCAUGUUGUGAGGGCAGCGAGGCGAACAGGCUGAGGCGAGGCCGAGGCGUCUCCGGUUCUCCGAAGCGCUCGCCGUGUUGAGCGGAGCAGCAGCGCUCAACGGGGGCGUCGCACCCAGAAAUUACAUAGACGAGCAUCUUUUUUUUUUUACUCUGUUUUACAUCCCGUCUGUCUGGUCGUGUCAGCAGAGGCAAGUCACGCCAUCGAUUACUAAACUCCCACUAAAGGAAUAGUUCACCCAAAAUUAAAAAACGUGCAGCUUUGCUUCAGCUUUCAGAGUAAAAAUGACUCACAGCUGCACUCAAGGUCCACAAAGUUCAAUAUUUACUUGUUAAUGUUUGUUUCGGAAGUUUAAGCAGCUAAAUUCAAUUGAUGAUACUGAAGAUGUCCGAAUUUCUGUGUUCUGGUAUUAAACUUUGAAGGCCUGGAAAGAAAAGAGUUUCAAGAACUUUGAAAGACUGUGCGUGAAAAUGUGGUUUUAAAACUGAAUUCAUUGGGCUUCUAAGUUUGAGGAAGCUAAAACAAAACCUAUCAGCUGGUUCCCAGUUUCCAUCUGGAGCCGACAGUGAGUCUUUGUGUUUACGAGGAUGCGGGUUGAGCUGACUUUUUAGCGAACGUGGCGUUUCCUGGGCCGAGAGAAGUAACGCUGCUUCCACCGGUAGCCACCUGUAAACGGACUGUCCGGCCUCAGUACGACCACGUGUGAAUGUGCCGGAGUUCUCGAAGCAAAAUCACCAGCGUCAAACUGCUAAUUGGGAUUUGAUUUAGUCAGACAUCUUUGAUUAUUAGAUGGUCAGAAAUGACAGAAAAGGGCGUUGAUUAAAGUCGAGGAAGUGGAUAAACUGACCACAUGGGGCCAGAUGGAGGUUUCUGGAUGCACUGUUCCUUUAAACCCGUAUUUGACGAGCUGCCAUCAUUCUCAUCGUUCAGGACAUCAGAAAGCAAGUCGGCGAGGCUCUCGUCCUUCAUUCAGGGCUUCACUUGGACACAGCGUGGCCUCUUUGUAACGCAAACCCACACCGUGAACGGCAGCGCGUGGACAUCUGUGUCUAGAUCGGAUGAAAGUGUAAAAUUCUGGUGAUAACUGACCGUCUAUGAUAAUAUCUGAAACUCUUUUUUUUUUUCUUUUUUAAAUUUUAAAUAAUCCUUGUGCUUUACUUGUAUAUGUUGUGUUCAGUAUUAGUGUGUUUGAAUGAUAUGCCAUGUAUCUCUCCGGUGUCGUCUUUUAUUUAUACUUGGGGGUUUCAUUCUGUGACGAUAUAUCAAAGUGUAUUCCCGUUUUAGAAAUACUUUGCUCACUGACACUCAGUGUUUUUAAACUCAGACGAUUCUGUCCUCCAGCAAGAGGUCUGUGCGAAGCAGAAGUGUUUGGGCCGACGCGCUCCGCCGCCGUCAGCUCUGGUUUUUAAAGCUUUUGUGUUUUGGAAUGAAACUCCUCAUCUGUGUGUGAAGUUCCUCGAGAAGGUUUCGAUCAGCCCUGCAGCUGGUUUGAUUUGAUGUUGAUCUGAAGAGAGGGAUGGAAGGAUGAAAUAUGCACCACGACGUCGGCGCCGUGGUGGUCGUUUCACUCUUCGGUCAGAGCUGCAGCGGAUGAUGUUUGAGUCGCACCUCUGGGACGCGAAGGCACCAGCUGACCCGGGAUCAGCUGCUCUGCGCGGCUCGUCCCUGCAUCUGGAGCCACAAAAGCAAAUUGACAUGCGAAUAAUUACACUUUUCUCAAAGAAGCCAAGCGGCCACUUCCCAGAGGUGUGUGCAAUAAAAAAAAUACCUAAAGAUGUCCUUUGAAAUAUUGCCUCAAUUGGAUUUCCUCAACCUGUGAGCAGCUCAGGUGACCUGUUCACCGCUGGAGGAACAUUGAUACAGAUGGUUUGAAAUUCUGGAGAUGAGCUUUUUGCUUUUUUUGAAUAAAAUAUUUAAGAAAAA